AUGUCCGGGUGGAGCAAUGGCAGCUCCAAUGGGUCCUACACCAGCUUCUUCCUGGUGGGCUUCCCAGGACUGCAGGACUCCCGUACCCUUCUGGUACUGCCCUUCCUUAGCCUCUACCUGGUGAUCUUCUCUGCCAAUGCACUGGUCAUCCACACAGUGGUGUCUCAGCGGAGCCUACACCAGCCCAUGUACCUGCUCAUUGCCCUGCUCCUGGCUGUCAACAUCUGUGCUGCCACCACCGUGGUGCCCCCCAUGCUCUUCAGCUUCUCCACACACUUCAACCGCAUCUCCCUGGCUCGCUGUCUAAUCCAGAUGUUCUGCAUCUACUUCCUCAUUGUCUUUGACUGCAACAUCCUCCUGGUCAUGGCCCUAGACCGCUAUGUUGCCAUCUGCCACCCUCUCCGCUACCCAGAGAUAGUGACAAGACAGUUUCUAGCUGGCCUGGUGGGGGUGGCAGCGGCCAGGAGCACGUGCCUUGUUGCUCCAGUGGUGGGACUGGCCUCACGGGUCUGCUUCUGCCGCUCAGAUGUGAUCCACCACUUUGCCUGUGAGCACAUGGCCCUGAUGAAGCUCUCCUGUGGGGAUGUUUCACUGAACAAGACUGUGGGACUCACCAUCCGCAUCUUCAACAGGGUCCUGGACAUGCUUCUACUAGUAGCCUCCUACACCCGCAUCAUCCAUGCUGCCUUUAGGAUUUCAUCAGGUGGAGCCCGUGCCAAGGCCCUGAACACCUGUGGCUCCCACCUGCUAGUCAUCUUCACCAUCUACUCCUCCACCAUGUCCUCAUCCAUUGUCUACCGUGUGGCCCGUACUGCCUCUGAGGAUGUGCACAACCUGCUCAGUGCCUUCUAUCUAUUGCUGCCCUGUCUAGUGAACCCCAUCAUCUAUGGGGCCAGAACCAAGGAAAUCAGAGAGCAUCUAGCAACUCUGUUCCAAAGGACACAGCAACAAGUCCCCACUGAGAAGCUCCAGUCCCCACCCUCACAUAGAGAGCUUCCUGGCUGA